AUGAAGGUUAGUCGUUGCGUAUUGUUUGGAGUUGCUGUUACUAUCGUCCACAGCCGACCAGGCGUGAAACGUGCUCUCAAUGAUGCAACCAUUCUAAACUAUGCGUUGACGCUUGAGCAUCUUGAAGCAACAUUCUAUCAACAGGGCCUACAGAAUUACACCCACGAGGACUUUCUGAAUGCUGGAUUUCCAGACCCUUUUUAUUCUAAUUUGGGAAAGGUUGCAUCAGACGAGCAAAAUCAUGUCGAGUUCCUUACAAGUGCCUUAACAGCUGCGGGUGCUAUGCCAGUGGCGCAAUGCACCUACUCAUUCCCAGCAACCGACAUAAGAGGUUUCGUUUCACUUGCAAAUGUAUUGGAAGGAGUCGGAGUUAGUGCAUACCUUGGGGCAGCUGCUUCUAUCGCGAACAAGACAUACCUCACUGCGGCAGGAAGUAUCCUCACGGUAGAGGCCCGACACAAUGCAUACCUUCGGGCUGCUCUAGGUCAGGUCCCUUUUGCGCAACCUUUCGAUACCCCACUUGAUUUCAAUGAGGUUUACACGGUUGCUUCGCCAUUUAUUACUUCGUGCCCUUCCACCAAUUCUCAGCUUCCAGUGAAAGCUUUCCCGUCUCUCACAAUGGUUCCCAGUGGGAAUGUCAUGAAUGGGUCCACGGCGACUUUGGUGCCUGGUCCAGGUUUCAACUCCACAAGUAAUUCGAAUCUCUCAGCCGCGUUUGUCACCAUUACCGGGCCUGUAUGGGCACCUCUUAAACCAAUAGGUAAUGGUCAGUUCAUCGUAACUAUUCCUGCAGGGGUCGAGGGUCAAAGCUACAUUGUCUUGACAAAUAGCAUGAGUGACGUAAGUGAUGAUAAUAUCGUGGCGGGCCCUGCCAUCGUUGAAGUGGAAUUAAUGUAA